CGAAGCAGACGGAAGUGACAUCAUUCACCCGGCAGUUGUCUUGACAAGUUUUCGUAAACAAUCGACUGAGCGUUCCUUUUCUCAGUAUCAAAGUCGUAUUGACACAUUUUUCUGGUAUGAAAACAGUUCAGAGUUGUGUGAGGAUUAAUACUAAGACCGGAUAAAAAAAAAGAUGUCACAACAGGGAGCAGCCCUUCAGAGCUACAACAAUGAAUUGGUGAAAUGUAUUGAAGAACUCUGUGGCAAGAGAGACGAGUUGCACAAGUCAAUCUUGCAAGAGGAGGAGGAGAAACAGAAGCUGCAGAACGAUAUCCGUGUUCUCACUGAACGGCUUGCGAAAGUCAACGAGUCUCUGGCUAAGAAGUUGGCCUCAAGAAAUGAAUUUGACAAGACAAUCGCUGAGACAGAAGCCGCCUAUAUGAAGAUUCUUGAGAGCUCUCAGACCCUGCUCAAUGUGCUGAAGAGAGAAUCACAGUCCUUGAAGGAGAAGUCCACUCCUGCUCCCGGUGCCCCCUCUCAAAGGAACGCUCUGCCUUCAUGAUGCACAAGAAUUUGAUUAGGGACAAUCUAUAUAUAUAUGUGGACCUCAUCCGUCAGACUUUCUCUUCCACACUGACAUUAGGAAUAGUGUUACAGAAGCAAUUUUGAAUUUGGCUCAAUACUCAUGUAACUCAAAACCUUCAAAUUUCAUUUUUUGAGGUUAUUUGUGCAUCUGAAUUUCCCCUAGAUUCUCUUUUUAUGAAUUUUUGUAUACUUUUUAUCUUUCAUUAUUUGUGAUUUUCUAAACACUGGGACAGGAAAAAAAAUUUGUGGUGUGAAAAAGAUUCUGUCACGAUUACAAACUGUGAUAAAUUUUUAGCAGACUUUUCUGUCUUCUUGAUUUAUUUGGGGUUUUUUCUUGGGAUGGAGGUUCAUUCAAAUCUGCUGUUAAUUUUGUGUCCGAUUCAACAUUGAAGCCUUGUCUGGCCUUCCACACUAUUUAUAUCAACCCAGAAGAGAGAUAUCCUCUGUAUGUACAUUUUGUUUAUAGCUUCGUAUAAAAUGUUUAGUAUGAAUGUAUAUAUGGUGGCAUGAAAAAUGGUGAAAGUUUUGUUUGGAAAAAAACCCCAUCUUUGGCCAAGAUGUUAUUGUUUUAGAUUUGCAACUCUGAAAGGAAUAAUGUAUUUUUGACAAACUGGCAUCAUUCAUCUGUUCAACGGUCAUCCAUCCCUUUUGCUGUUCUUAGUUUUGCAACUCUACAUAUUGUAAUAAGAUUUUUCUUUGGCUUGAAUUAAAGGAAAAAUAUCUUCAUUGUCUUAGAAACUCAAGUGUAAGAAAAAGACUUGUAAUUAAUUGUACUUCCCUCUCAAUUAUGAUCUGAAGAUAUCAACUGUCAAAGUUAAUGUGCCUUUAUGUUGUCUUUAUGUACCUCAUCAUGGCCACUGCAUGUGUGCAAGUGCUCAUGUAAUGAUGAUCAGCUGAUUGCUCCACCAUUCCACUGGAAAAUUGUGUUGGUUGUCAUGCUACUGUAAAAGAGUUUGAAAGAGACGAACGCUCUGUCUGAAGACCUGGUUAUGUGUGUACAUUUUGUAGUUCUUUACAAACCAUUAAACUGUAAACUAUAUCCUCA